GGGAACUUGGGUGACAGUGUAGGUGCUGAAGGCACCAAAGCAUGGGCCACAGGUGGACAGCCUGACCACCCGUCAUCACAGCUGAUGGCACCAGCUAGCAAGAGAGCGUCCUGGACAUUGCCCCAUGCCGCUGAAAAGAAAACACAGCUACAAGUCAAAGACACAGACAGGAGUUGCAGAGCAUUUGGUACUUUGGGCUGUUGAGGCAACACAGGCCGCGCGUCAAAGCCUGCUCAAUGCAAAGUCAACAGGUUCCAUUCCUGAGUUCAAUGCAGCGUCAGCUCGCUUUGCUGCUGUCCUUGAAGAACUUCCAGAGCUUUGGCCAGAGCUGAGUGAUGAGUUGAUGCAAGCGGUUUGGCUUGGGUUUGAUGAAGCAAUGCGAACUCGCUUGGCGGAGGGCGCUGCAGGGUCUCUUUUUGGUGGCGAACGCCCUUGCAAUUUACCUCAGCUUCUUUGCUUGAUUAGCCGGGCCCUAACAGAUGAGGGGCGAUACUGGACUGCGAGAAGUCUCUUGCACAGAGCGCGGCGGGUGGCUCAGAGGCAUGGGAUCUCUGAGAGUUUAGUUUGUGCCAGCCUUGCUGAUAUGCACUGCCGCGCUGUGCCCCCUUGGCAUUUCCAUAUGCUUAACGACCAACCUCGAAAUCAGGCCUUUGCUGCGUCUAUUGGGGAUGCUUUGAGAGAACUGGCCGCGAGAACAGCGCGAGUUGAACCAGUGACAUGCUUGGACAUCGGGACAGGGACAGGGCUGUUGGCCCUGAUUUGCCAGCAGCUCGGCUCUGAAUUGGGCAUGCCGAAGCUGCAGAUUCAUGCAUGUGAAGAGAACGAGUUGCUGUUUGCAAUGGCUUCAGAGCUGAUAAACAGUGCUCAAAGCACAGGUCUAGAAGAAAAGGAACAUGUGUUUUUCGCGCAAGUUGAACUGAAGGAAGUGAAGCCCACUGUGAUCCUUCAUCGUGCCAAUAGCCGCAAUUUGGAAGUCCCGCCAGUUGACCUCAUCUUUUGCGAGGCUGUGGAUGCAGAGCUUGUGGGCGAAGGUUUCUUGCAGACAGCACUUGAUGCCUGCGAGCGCUUGUUGAAGCCAGAUGGCCGUUUGAUUCCAUCCAGUGCCACCCUUUUUGGGCAGCUAGUUGAAUGUCCUUGCCUACAAGCCCGUUUUGGUUGUGACCAUUUUCAACUCACUUCUGUCCAGCUUCGUGAGAACUUUGUGUGUGACUUUUUGGAGAACCUCGAGCACAAGAUUCUGAGUGGACCAGCAGAAUUGAUGCACAUACCCUUUGACAAGCCGAAAGACCUGAGAUGCCAGUUGGGCUUUGUUCACUUUGUUGAACUUCAAGCCUUGCAAAGUGGAACGGCCCAUGCUGUGAUGGUCUGGUGGGAGCUUCGUUUAGACAAGCAUGGACGGCACAAAAUCUCCUCGCGGCCUGGCCGUGAAGAGAAUCAUUGGCCACAGGUGUUUUGGCCUGUUCACGCCGAAGCACAUGUCUCUGAUGAGGAAGCGGAGCCGGCGGUUCUUCCAAAGCUCGGGAGAACUUUGCUUGCUUCAGAGUGUGUGGCACUCCAGCUUCGACUUCUUGAGGACCGUUUGGAGUGCAAGCCACGCACGUUUGGCCCCAGCAAGGUGCCAAAGUCGAAGUUCAAGAUCUCCAGUGGAGAUUUGCAAUGGCUAAAUGAUGCACAAGUAUGGGAAUGUUUGAAGCAGCAGUGCCAAGCUAUCAAAGUUUAUGGCUAUGGUGCCCUGCUUGAUGGAUCAGCCUUGGUACAACCUGCGGCUUUGCUGACAGCAGCAUCAUCUCUGGAUGCCGCUCCAACAGUACGUGCCGCAGUCGCAAAUGGAAAUCUUGAGGCAAUUGAGGCAUUCCUCCGUGCCAACAGUUUUGGCGAUGAACCGGUGCUAUUUCCAGAUUCCCCGGUGGAUGAUGCAGUCAAGUUGGCAUUGUCGUCUGAAGCUUUUGGCAAGGCAGCUUCCAUCAUUCUGGUUUUGUCUGACGUCGUGAAGCGGUCUGGCGAAGUUCGCAGUGAGCUGCUCCACAAGGUGUGUGUGGCUCACCAACAUUGUGCGGCCGUGGGCAAGCAGUUGACUGUUGCGCCUUCCUGCUUGCAGUUGACGCUGACACCAAUAGAAAGUACAGCAUUGGCAAGACGAAGCCGUGUAUUGCAGCCAGUACAGCUGUGCUCAGGGGCGCGCAUCGACGUUUGCAAGAUCAAUGCGUUCUCACCAUCAUCGUUUGACUCUCUUUCUGAGGAAGCAUUGAAACGUCUCGCAGUUCCCCAAGUUGUUUUUCGACUUCAAUUGUCCACACCUUCUUUGGACCAGCUUCUGGGGCAGAUCCACGGGCAGAAAUUCAGGUUGGGGCCAGCGAUAUGCUGUGGUCAUAUUCAUGGGGUAGUGUGCGAAUGGUCGUGGUGCCUCCCCGAUGAAAAAGGUGUUCAACUCUUUACUCACUUUCUCAAGGCUGGAACUAUUUGGCGUGAGAAGGAUUGUUUGCUACACGUGGGUGAUUUCGUCAUGGUUGAGGCGCGAGAGGAUGUGCGAGGCUUUCGGUUGGUGCCCCUUGGGAUUUGUGCAGCUGGGAACAAGUCGAAGGAGAAGGGUCCAUCAACAUCCGUGAAUUGGAGAUCCAACAAAUGGGUUGCCUCGCAAAGAAAGCGUGCCAGAAGUGCUGGCCGACUUUCGAGCCUUUCCUCUUUUCAGGAAGGUCAUGAACCUGACAGCGCUCUUUAGACCGCAGCUCUUCCAACUACAUUUGCAGGCUUAUGGCCUUGCGUGUGCGCAGCCAACUGAAAAGGUCGAAGACUCUUCUGGAGUCAUACCCUGUUGAGUAACUUCCCAGGGCUACGUAGCCAGGUGGAAGGAACAUACAUAUAGUAUUGUUAAGUGGCGUUAAGCUGGCGCCCGCAAAGCCGCCAAAUGAAGCAGUUAAGAAACCC